AUGAAGCUCUCCGCUAUUUCCGCUAGCUUGGCACUCGCUGCUGCCGCCUACGGUCACCCGGGUGCUGAUGGUUCCAACCAACCCCCAGCACGGCCGACAAGUGCCGAUUACUCACCGAGGGUUCUACAGUGGUGGGAUGCCUGCUUCGAACUUUGCGGAACACAGAUACGCUCAAAGGAGACGCCCGAGAAUUUGGAAAAAAUCGACGUUACAGCCCAUUGUACACAUCGUUGCAAUGAAUUACUCCCUUGGUAUUCAAAGAAACGUGGGCGGAAUUUCAAGCAAAGGGGUUAA